AUGAGCCACCGCGUGGAAGGGGGAGGAGGAAAAGAUGAGCGAGUGAGCCGAGGCCGCCGCGUCUUGGGGCCUUUUGCUGAGGCUAGGUUGCGAGUGCGCCUGCGUGUGGCAGGCCCUGUGCUGUUCCUUUUUCCUUUCCUUUUUUUUAAAGCAUCGCCGUAUGGCCCGCAGGACUGUUGCAGCUCAGGUGGCGGCGGCGAAUAAUCUGAAUGCCGUCCCCUUUUUUUUGAGCUUUUAAAGACUGACGGGUCGCUGCCCGUUCCGGCCGGUGCCUCAGGAGGAACUUGUAACAAGCUUCCUUCUUUACUACUCGGCUGCCGCCGCCGCCGCCGCCACCACUACUACCACCACCACCAGCGGCCAUGAGUCCCACGUCCCUACUAUGGAGACGAUACUGGCGGCGGCGGUGGUUGAGCGACUGAAGGCGAAGUGUUGUGGGGGCAAGGCUGAGGCGGCGGCGGGGGUCUCUCUCGUGGUGUAGUGCUGACGGUGUUUUUAACCCUUAGAUGGUCUCUAGCGAGCCGUUGUUGCUGCCUGUGUCACUGGAGGGCGAGUUCUCCAAUAGCAUGAAGGAGAUGAUCGGCGGCUGCUGCGUGUGCUCCGACGAGAGGGGCUGGGCCGAGAAUCCGCUGGUUUACUGCGACGGGCAUGGCUGUAAUGUCGCAGUGCAUCAAGCUUGCUAUGGAAUUGUGCAGGUACCCACUGGACCUUGGUUUUGUAGAAAAUGUGAAUCUCAGGAAAGAGCAGCUAGAGUGAGAUGCGAGUUAUGCCCUCACAAGGAUGGUGCUUUAAAGAGGACAGAUAAUGGGGGUUGGGCUCAUGUGGUUUGUGCUCUGUACAUUCCCGAGGUGCAGUUUGCAAAUGUUUCAACAAUGGAACCUAUCGUGUUGCAGUCUGUCCCUCAUGAUCGUUAUAAUAAGACAUGUUAUAUAUGUGAUGAACAAGGCAGAGAAAGUAAGGCAGCCACUGGUGCUUGCAUGACAUGUAAUAAGCAUGGAUGUCGUCAGGCUUUCCAUGUAACAUGUGCACAAUUUGCAGGUCUUCUUUGUGAAGAAGAAGGUAAUGGUGCAGAUAAUGUCCAGUAUUGUGGUUACUGUAAAUACCAUUACAGUAAGCUGAAAAAGAGCAAACGGGGAUCUAAUAGGUCAUAUGAUCAAAGUUUAAGUGAUUCUUCCUCUCACUCUCAGGAUAAGCACCAUGAGAAAGAGAAAAAAAAAUAUAAAGAAAAGGAUAAACAUAAACAAAAACACAAGAAGCAGUCUGAAUCUUCACCAUCAUUGGUUCCUUCUCUCACUGUAACUACAGAGAAAACUUACACAAGCACUACCAACAACUCUGUUACUGGCUCCUUGAAGAGGCUGGAAGAUACCACAGCUCGCUUUACAAAUGCAAAUUUCCAGGAAGUCUCUGCACAUGUUUCAGGCGGCAAUGAUGUUUCAGAGGCCAGAGGUUCAGAGAGCAAGGGAAAGAAGUUGGUGGGUCAUAAUUCAGGUCAAAGGGGAAGAAAGCCUGGUUCUGGAAGGACUCCUGGAGCUAUAGUGCCAGCAGCUUGUACUUUUCAACAAGGCAGUUUUCUGGGAACUCCUGGCAGUACAAAGUCAUCCUCCGGAAGUUCAGUUCAGUCUCCCCAGGACUUCUUGAGUUUUACAGACUCAGAUCUACGUAAUGACACCUAUACUCAUUCCCAGCAGACAUUGUCAACCAAAGAUGUACAUAAAGGAGAGACUGGCAGCCAGGAAGGGGGUGUAAAUUGUUUUACUUCGUUACUUGGUCUCCCUUCAACCUCAACUGUUGCUUCUCAGCCUAAUAUUUUUGACAGUUCACCUGGAGAGUUGGGCAGUUCAAGCCUUACAUCAAUAGGGUACAAGCGUGUUCAGUCUUCUGGGACAGAAGAUGAAACUGUAAAGGAAAAGAAACGGAAAGGAAAUAAGCAGUGUAAACAUGGGCCUGGUAGGCCCAAAGGAAAUAAAAGUCAGGACAAUGUUUCCCACCUAUCAGUUUGUUCUGCCUCCCCAACAUCAUCGGUAGCAUCCACUGCAGGAAGUAUAACAAGCUCUAAUUUACAGAAGUCUCCAACAUUGCUUAGGAAUGGAAGUCUACAGAGUCUCAGUGUUGGUUCUUCCCCUGUUGGUUCAGGCAUAUAUAGCAGUAAUGAUGUAGCAGUGUCAUUUCCAAACGUAGUGUCUGGCUCAGGAUCUAGCACUCCUGUUUCCAGCUCACAUUUACCUCAGCAGUCUUCUGGUCAUGUGCAACAAGUGGGAACUUUGUCUCCAUCUUCUACAUCUUCAGUAACUAUGGCUGUUACUACAACUCAGGCAAACACCUUACCUGGAUCAUCCCUCAGCCUGCCUGCAACUCAUAUGUAUGUCAGUAGGCUAAAUGCUACUUCGUCCAUAGCAGCACAUACAGCUUCAUCUGAAAACAGUCAAACAGCAGAUCAAGAUCUUGGAGACAAUGGCCGGAGUCUUGUUGGCAGGGGAGGUUCACCCAGAGGAAGUCUUUCACCACGGUCUCCCAUAAAUAGCUUACAGAUUCACUAUGAUCAGUCAGGAAAUAACAGCGGUGACCACUUGCCCCCAGUACCAGCUACUAUAGAACAGCUUCUGGAGAGGCAGUGGAGUGAAGGGCAACAGUUCUUGCUUGAGCAAGGCACCCCUAGUGACAUUUUAGGCAUGCUGAAGUCAUUACAUCAGCUUCAAGUUGAAAAUCGUCGCUUAGAAGAACAGAUUAAAAACCUGACUGCUAAAAAGGAGCGCCUCCAGCUACUGAAUGCCCAGCUUUCAGUUCCUUUUCCAACAAUAACAUCCAAUCCCAGUCCUUCCCAUCAAAUGCAUGUGUUUUCAGCUCAGGCUGCUGCAGGCACUGAUUCUUUGAACAGCAGCAAAAGUCCUCACCUGGGAAGCAACUUUCUACCCGAUAACUCCCUUCCUGUCCUAAAUCAGGAGAUAAACUCCAGCGGGCAAAGCACCAGUGGUUCUUCUGCUCUUUCCACUCCACCACCUGCUGGGCAAAGUCCAGCUCAGCACGGCACAGGAGUUUCAGGAGUUCAACAGGUCAAUGGUGUGACAGUGGGGGCACUCGGCAGUGGAAUGCAGACUGUAACAUCUACCAUUCCUGCAGUGGGUGGAAUAAUUGGAGCUCUGCCAGGUAACCAGCUGGCAAUCAAUGGAAUUGUUGGGGCUUUAAAUGGCGUAAUUCAGACUCCUGCCACGAUAUCACAGAACCCUUCUCCUCUCACUCACACAACUGUGCCACCAAAUGCAGCACAUCCUCUGCCAACGACACUGACAAAUAGUGCUUCUGGCCUUGGGUUUCUCCCGGACCAACAGAGACAACUUCUACUGCAUCAGCAGCACCAUCAGUUUCAGCAGUUACUGAAUACUCAACAAUUCACUUCAGAACAGCAUCAGGCACUUCUGUAUCAGCUAGUGCAGCAGCAACAUCACCAUCCUGAGGUACAGCAAUUGCAGAUUUCAGGAGCAACGCAGAUUCCCAUCAGCAACUUACUGGCGGGCUCUCAGGCAUCUCCACUUCAUACAGCCACGACUAACCCAUUCCUUACAAUUCAUGGCGAUAAUACAACUCAAAAAGUAACUGUAGAGGCUGAAUGAUAAAACUGGACCAGUUGCACCAGAAAAGAAUUGACAUUUUGGGAAGAAAUGUAAAAUUGCAUAUCCUGCUGUGAUAGCACUUCAUCAGGCUGCAACUUGUAGUCUCUCUCUGCAGGUAUUACUUAGAUGCAACAAGGAGCUAACUGCACACUGGAAAAGUGAAUCUCCCUUAAGACAUUUAUUAACCCUUGUUGCUUUUUGUUGCACUGAAACUGAACUGUUUUCUUCAGAUUUCAUGAAACUAUUAAUUUGCAUACGAGAACUUUGUAGUUUUGAUGCUUUUUGCUAAAUGCUGCUGCAGAAUGAACAGCAUCUUAACAUAUACUACAUUGCUAAUAAAUAACCUGUUCUGGUUCCAUUACUUGUUUGAAGAGUACUGAAUUUUCAGUAUUUGCCAAUGACAAGUUGGUGUUCCUUUUACUUAUUAAACAUCAGUGUUUUUGAAACACCAGUUUUUCCAGGAGAGGACCGGGUUUUAAACUUUUUAUUUAAAAAAGUAAAUAUUUUGCCAGAACAGGAGCUCUUAAGGAAGGACAAAUGGUGGUUAAUCAUGAAUUGGGUUUUUAAAUAGACGGCUGGAAAAAACAGAUCAGUUCAAAGGUUAUAAACCUUACCAGAUGAGAAAGCAACUCAAGUUCUGGUAGUGUUUUUACCUGACUCAAGUGCCUGUUGCUUACCUCUGUCGGGUUGGAAUGGCUUUAGACAGCUGGGCAUGCACUAAAGAAUUCUUUGCGAAAGCCACAAGUGUGUUCAACUUUGCACCAGCAGCCACCCCCAUUGAUCUGCCUUUAUUAGAAGUGUUUGUCACUGUAGAUAGCUCAGGCAAAUCCUUACCUGAGUUCCUUUCCACUAAUAAAUUACCAAAAAAGAAGUGGGGAGAGAAAUUUCUCAUUUCUCAUAAAAUGAUGACGGGUGAAAAGGAAGUGUUUGAAUAUUUUCACUUUGAAUAGUUGAUUUUGUGGUUAUGACUAUGCAGUAUAGUAUAAAACAGAUUGAAGCUGGGGGUUAAUAGCCACUAAUUUGAAAUUGUGUGAAUUAUUAGUGGAAAAUACUCAAAUAUACUUAGACCUUCACUGUGUACUUAAUUGGAAGAACCUAUUGUUUCUGCAAUAUCGUUUGGUUAAACAUUGCACAGUUCUUACCUCAUUUCUGUAAAUAAGGUUUUGUGACUGUUUUGUAUUGUGGAUAAUUCAUAAAAUGUGGAUAUUUUGAUUUAUAAUAUUUCUAAUUGGUAGAUUUAAUUGAAAAGUAAAGAAUAAUUUAUUUUUAUAUGUUCAUGGGAAUUUUUUUAAAAGUCACAAAUCACUUUUGUAGAUAAUUUACUAAAGUAAACCAGUGUGGUUUAAUUUACUUAAACCACUCAUUUAAUAUUCUGUAACAAUUUGUAUAAAAAGUUGCUGUUUUGCCUAGAUGUAAAAUUGCAAGUUUAUAUAAAGAU